UCAUUAGUGGCCUAUAUAAGCCUCAUACAGGCCAUGGGAAGACAUUACCUGUUGAUAACACAGACUAUUUUCAUGAUCAUGGGAGGUGUGAGAGAAUUGCUGCUCGUUGUGAUGACUGUGGGGGUUGUCAAAGUUUCUUGUUACCCUGUUGGAAAGUCCCAGAAGCAAGAUCAAGUCUCUCUGCAGAGGAGACUUGGAGAGCUGUCAUCAAAUGACGUCUCCAUUGUGCAUGCCCUGGCCUUGCUCCGAUCCAUAGGGUCUGACGCGAAACAAACCAGAGAAGAGUAUUUAGAGACCAAUGAAGUAGAAUCCCAAGCUUCUCCAAACCAUGGUAGUUCUCCGGCAAAUGAUGCCCUGUCCUCUGAGGAGAAGCUGAGGCACAUGUCCUCUGACGACGCCACCUCUGAAGCUGCCACCGGCCCGUCCUCUGACGACGCCACCUCUGAAGCUGCCACCGGCCCGUCCUCUGACGACGCCACCUCUGAAGCUGCCACCGGCCCGUCCUCUGACGACGCCACCUCUGAAGCUGCCACCGGCCCGUCCUCUGACGACGCCACCUCUGAAGCUGCCACCGGCCCGUCCUCUGACGACGCCACCUCUGAAGCUGCCACCGGCCCGUCCUCUGACGACGCCACCUCUGAAGCUGCCACCGGCCCGUCCUCUGACGACGCCACCUCUGAAGCUGCCACCGGCCCGUCCUCUGACGACGCCACCUCUGAAGCUGCCACCGGCCCGUCCUCUGACGACGCCACCUCUGAAGCUGCCACCGGCCCGUCCUCUGACGACGCCACCUCUGAAGCUGCCACCGGCCCGUCCUCCGACGACGCCACCUCUGAAGCUGCCACCGGCCCGUCCGGCGACGACGCCACCUCUGAAGCUGCCACCGGCCCGUCCGGCGACGACGCCACCUCUGAAGCUGCCACCGGCCCGUCCGGCGACGACGCCACCUCUGAAGCUGCCACCGGCCCGUCCGGCGACGACGCCACCUCUGAAGCUGCCACCGGCCCGUCCGGCGACGACGCCACCUCUGAAGCUGCCACCGGCCCGUCCGGCGACGACGCCACCUCUGAAGCUGCCACCGGCCCGUCCGGCGACGACGCCACCUCUGAAGCUGCCACCGGCCCGUCCGGCGACGACGCCACCUCUGAAGCUGCCACCGGCCCGUCCGGCGACGACGCCACCUCUGAAGCUGCCACCGGCCCGUCCGGCGACGACGCCACCUCUGAAGCUGCCACCGGCCCGUCCGGCGACGACGCCACCUCUGAAGCUGCCACCGGCCCGUCCGGCGACGACGCCACCUCUGAAGCUGCCACCGGCCCGUCCGGCGACGACGCCACCUCUGAAGCUGCCACCGGCCCGUCCGGCGACGACGCCACCUCUGAAGCUGCCACCGGCCCGUCCGGCGACGACGCCACCUCUGAAGCUGCCACCGGCCCGUCCGGCGACGACGCCACCUCUGAAGCUGCCACCGGCCCGUCCGGCGACGACGCCACCUCUGAAGCUGCCACCGGCCCGUCCGGCGACGACGCCACCUCUGAAGCUGCCACCGGCCCGUCCGGCGACGACGCCACCUCUGAAGCUGCCACCGGCCCGUCCGGCGACGACGCCACCUCUGAAGCUGCCACCGGCCCGUCCGGCGACGACGCCACCUCUGAAGCUGCCACCGGCCCGUCCGGCGACGACGCCACCUCUGAAGCUGCCACCGGCCCGUCCGGCGACGACGCCACCUCUGAAGCUGCCACCGGCCCGUCCGGCGACGACGCCACCUCUGAAGCUGCCACCGGCCCGUCCGGCGACGACGCCACCUCUGAAGCUGCCACCGGCCCGUCCGGCGACGACGCCACCUCUGAAGCUGCCACCGGCCCGUCCGGCGACGACGCCACCUCUGAAGCUGCCACCGGCCCGUCCGGCGACGACGCCAUGGAUAUCUGACGUGGUACUCUAGUCCAGUGUGUAACUGCAUUUGCUUGUUUUGGCUCAAAUAAACAUUAACUGUAAUACUU